CUAUAUCUGUUUAUUUAUUUUCUCUUUCCUUUUUUUUUUUUUUUUUGAAAAUUUAUCCUAAUGAUCAUUUGUUAAAGUGGUUCAUUACCCCAAAAUUUUAUUUCACUCCUCGUGUACAUAAACACCUCGUAGGAAACACGAUUUCACCAUCAACAGAGUGAUAGAAGUUCUCAAUCAUUUCAUUUGAUGUUUUGUGAUUGUACUUUUUAAAACUAAUCUACUCUCCACAGGACAAAUUAAUCCACACGUUACCUCGGGUGUUGGUUUUUUUUUUUCGUUCCGCUUCAUUUUCUGUUCCGCGCUUUAGCAAUACCCUCUACUUCAAAACCUUUUCCGACCGCCGCCAUUAUCGGAAUUUACACGCGCAGCUUGGGUCAGUGCCAAUUAACAACGCCUUCACGUCAGUCACGAUGCCUAACAUCUGGAACACCUGUAUAGAGGGGGUUAUGUUAGCUCUCAUAAUCACCUUCCAAGGGAAUUUCGUACACAAUAUAGAACUGCCGGUAUCGGCGUGCAAAGAAUCAAUAUCUACAGUACAAUCAGUUUAUGCCUGUCCAGUGAACAAAAAGGGUUAUGAUGCAGCUUCAAUGAGGAAAUCUUGCCAAAACAUCCAUAAUAUGUGUAAAUCAUUUGAGUAUCACUGCGUCCUCAAUGAGUGGCUGAAUGGAACAGUUGAAGUCUGUGCAACAUCAAUAUACAUUCAAUCAAGAAAAUGUGCCAUGUUUAUUGCAGAGUUACAGAGUAUCCGUGUUAGUUAUUCAACAAAUUGCAAGACAUGUCCAAUUGUUUACAAUUCGUCUGAAAUUUAUAAAUAUCCUGAAUGCUAUGAUGAAUUAAGAGGAUCGUUAACCUCAGUGCACCCAUCGACUACGAUGACGACAGAGAUGACACUCUACCCCAACACUACAUCUCACCUUAACGUCACACAGACCCCAACUACAGGGUAAAGUUUAGUUAUAGGAAAACACAAAAUGUAUAAUAAAACAUGCAGGGCAAUCGGCAAAGUUAUUAACAGUAAUGUGAAUAGAAGAUUGGAGCAAAAUUUGACAUCAAACAAUAUUAUUGAUAAUAGUGAAAUUGGAUUUAAUAAAUCCAUCGAACAUCUUACCACAUGUUUAUUUUAAAAAUAUAUAUAUCAUUUAUAGAUAUUGUAACACAAAAGAAGGUAAGGUUUAUAUAUGUUUCGUAUAUAUCCAAAAAGCUUUUGAUGCUGUUAUGCAUGCCGGAUUCAAGCUGAAAUUGCUAGACAUAGGAGUAUUUUACAAAAUUACUAAGAAAAUGUAUGAAGUCAGUAACUCUGAUGUGCACUGUAAAAAUCAAAGUACUAAAUCUAUGCCUACAGCGAUCUUUCGAGAUACUUCAAUCAAUGUGUAGAUCUUAUUAUUCUGAAUAACGAGCAUGUGCUUGGUAUAUGCUGACGAUUUUGUUAUAUUAUUAACGUCUGUAAAAAAAAAAAAACUUCAAGACAAACUUGACAAGCUUUAAAAAUACUGCUCUGACUGAUGUCUAACGGUCAAUCCUUCUAUGAUAAAAACACUAAUUUUCAACAAAGCUGGAAAAAAUAUAAAAAAAUAUUUUUAUGCAACAACAUAGCUCUUGAUUCAGUUUUAAAUUAUCAAUAUCUUGCGAUCGGUCGUUAUUUUUCAGCAUCUUGUUCUUUCACUUUAGUACAAUAUGAAUUAUAUAGAAAAAAAAUUGAAAGCAUUUUAAAAAAAUAAAUAGAGUUUAUAAAGCUUAAUCCAGGUAUAAAAACAACUGUUCAUUUCUUUGAUCACACAAUUGUAUCCAUUUUGAUAAAUACGGUUGAAUUUUGGAGUACUUUUAAUCCACAAUCUAGUAAGCUUGAUAAAGAUAUGGAAUGCCGAAAGUGCCGAACAUAGGGCUAAAUUUUGCAGCUCUUCACCGGGAACGGUGGUGUUUAAAGUAUACAUUUCUUGGGAUGACAACUUCUGGUACGAGGUGGAACCAUGAAUACUAUUGUAAUAUUAUAAAGUAAUUUACGUACUCUUAAUGAUUAACAAUGUUGACAGCAUAAUCUGAAGACACUUUUUUAGACCACGUUGUAAGUCCUUGGGACUAAAAAGUUCAUGCUAAUAUCCGUUAAAGGCAGAUGCACGGAUACACUAAGAGACUAAAAACCCUUCAGAACGCCAUAAAAAUAAACAGUAAUCAAAAUAGUAAAUACAUGCAUUUAGAUCACAUACAUAUGGUGUCCGGAUAGGGCCAUUUGCAAAAGCGUGACUGCGCGUUAGUCACAACACGCCAUCACGCCAACAAGCAACGCACCUUCGCGCUCUCACACCAACAAGCAACGCACCUUCGCGCAGACAAGCAACGCGCCUUCGCGCUCUCACGCCAACAAGCAACACGCCUUCGCGCUCUCACGCCAACAAGCAACACGCCUUCGCGCAGACAAGCAACGCGCCUUCGCGCUCUCACGCCAACAAGCAACGCACCUUCGCGCUCUCACGCCAACAAGCAACGCGCCUUCGCGCAGACAAGCAACGCGCCUUCGCGCUCUCACGCCAACAAGCAACGCGCUUUCGCGCUCUCACGCCAACACACAGACACGAUAAAAAUUCAAUAGGAAGUUGCAACAGGAAAUUGAGUACUGCGCAUGUUAGGGGUUCAACAAUGGAAGAAGUAUUAAGGGACUUAGGUCUUGAGUCCUGUAUCCCGGCAUUUCAAGAACAAAAGGUACCGGAUUUAUCACUGUUUGUUAAAUAAUUUUAUUUUAUAUUCAAGCUUGAUGCAGUGGCGUAUGUUGAGCGACAUAUAUCAAAAGUAUACGGAAAAAAGAAUAGAAAAAAACCCCGCUACUUUGCAUGCAAAAGCACAAAAUUUGAAUUAGAGUAAUCAUAUAGUACACUGUUAUAAUGAAUUUCAUAGCUUAACUUCACCCUUUAAUAAAAUUACGGGAGUGAGGUACAUAAGGUAUAUCAACUUCGGUCUGCAUUAAGUAAGUAAUUUAUUUCCAAUUUUGGGCCUACAAAGUUCAGAUUUACAAAAUCACGAAAGAGUGAUUAUCUGGAGAAAAUAUUAGAUAUAUAAAGAAAUAUUAAUAUUAAAAAAUUGGCUAUGUACAAUAUGUACCAUCGUUUAUUAAUGUAAAAAAAAAAGGGGGGGGGGCAAACCUUUAAGGUUGUUCCACCCUCAUGUGACUUAUCAAUAUUAAUGGUUGAAAGUAGAAGAACUGUAUUGAUUUCCACUGAUUCAGAAAUAUAUGUAGUUUAAUUUAAUUGAUAACCCCCCCCCCC